AUGUCGACAAAUUCAAUCAAAUUAUUGACUGGUGAUAUUCAUAAAGGAUUAGCUGAGUUAGUAUCCAAAAGGUUGGGAUUAAAAAUCACUCCUAGUGAAUUAAAAAGAGAUUCUACUGGAGAAGUUCAAUAUUCCAUUGGAGAAUCAGUUAGAGAUGAAGACUUAUUCAUAAUUUGUCAAAUAGGUAGUGGGGUUGUUAAUGAUAGGGUUAUUGAAUUAUUAAUCAUGAUUAAUGCUUGUAAAACUGCAAGUGCUAGAAGAAUCACUGUGAUAUUGCCAAAUUUCCCUUAUGCUAGACAAGAUAGAAAAGAUAAAAGCAGAGCUCCAAUUACUGCUAAAUUAAUGGCUGAUAUGUUAACUACUGCUGGAUGUGAUCAUGUUAUAACUAUGGAUUUACAUGCUUCACAAAUUCAAGGUUUCUUUGAUGUUCCAGUUGAUAAUUUAUAUGCCGAACCAAGUGUUGUUAGAUAUAUCAAGGAAACUAUCAAUUAUAAAGAAGCUAUUAUAGUAUCACCUGAUGCUGGUGGAGCUAAAAGAGCUGCUGGUUUGGCUGACAGAUUAGAUUUGAACUUUGCUUUGAUCCAUAAAGAAAGAGCUAGAGCUAAUGAAGUCAGUAGAAUGGUUUUAGUUGGUGAUGUAUCAGAUAAAAUCUGUAUAAUUGUUGAUGAUAUGGCUGAUACUUGUGGUACUUUAGCUAAAGCAGCUGAAGUUUUAUUAGACAACAAAGCUAAAGAAGUUAUUGCCAUAGUAACUCAUGGAAUUUUAUCAGGUAAAGCUAUUGACAAUAUAAAUAAUUCUAAAUUAGCAAGAGUUGUUUGUACUAAUACUGUUCCAUUCGAAGAAAAAUUGAAAUUAUGUGAUAAAUUAGAUACUAUUGAUGUUUCUGCUGUUAUUGCUGAAGCCAUCAGAAGAUUACAUAAUGGUGAAAGUAUCUCCUAUUUAUUUAAAAAUGCUCCUUUAUAA